CGAAAAACGCCAAAAACUUAUUUCACUCGAUCACUGCCACACUCUCAUAUCAACCGCAAGUACUCUCUCUCCAUGUGACCCCUUCACGUUCACUCACUCCAUUCCAUCACUUUCUCGAGAAAACAAAAUAGAAAAAAACUAAAAAGAGAAAGAUUUUCCACCUCCAACUCCUCCUUUCUCCUCCGAUAUUUUACUCUUUUUUCUUUAGGAAACUAACCAAAAAUACUCUCACACUCAAUUCAUUUUGUCUGCUUUCCUAGCAUAUUCUCCUCCGUUUGGACUGAUACAUUACAUGUACAAAAUAUCUUCUCUUCCUCCACCCUUCUAUUUAUUAGAUUUUUUCUUUCUUUCUUUUCAGCGCUUUAUUGAACUCUUUCUCUUUCUCCUCAAUCUGUGGGGAGUUCUACUCUGCCGUACAAUUAGAAUCAGCACUUUACGGUAUUGAGAUAUUGCAAUUUCUCAAAAAUAGCUAGCUUUACAUGGAGGCUUCGGUGAAAUCGAAUGGUAGUAAUGCUACAACAGCUGCUGGAAAAUCUUCCACGGUUCCGGCGAAUGCGCAGCCGUUGGCUGAAGAGCCGGCAGCAAUUGCGUCGAACAUCAAUUACCAUGCUCAGUACAGUCCUCACUUCUCGCCGUUCAAGUUCGAGCCCGAGCAAGCCUACUAUGCCACUGCUGAGAGCGUCCGCGACCGUCUCGUACAGCAAUGGAAUGAGACGUAUCUUCACUUUCACAAAGUGGAUCCGAAACAGACGUAUUACUUGUCAAUGGAGUUUCUUCAAGGGCGAGCUUUGACGAACGCAAUUGGAAACCUCAAUAUCCAGAACGCGUAUGCCGAUGCUUUGAACAAGUUGGGUCAUGAACUUGAGGAAAUAGUUGAACAGGAGAAAGAUGCUGCCCUUGGAAAUGGUGGUUUGGGAAGGCUUGCAUCUUGCUUUUUGGAUUCAAUGGCAACAUUGAAUCUUCCUGCAUGGGGUUAUGGUUUGAGGUACAGAUAUGGGUUGUUUAAGCAACGAAUCGCUAAGGAAGGUCAGGAAGAAAGUGCUGAGGAUUGGCUAGAGAAAUUUAGUCCUUGGGAAAUUGUCAGGCAUGAUGUCCUGUACCCGGUCAGAUUCUUUGGUCGUGUUGAGGUCAAUCCUGAUGGAUCCCGAAAAUGGGUUGAGGGAGAACUUUUCCAAGCUCUGGCUAAUGAUGUGCCAAUUCCAGGAUACAAAACCAAGAACACUAUUAGCCUUCGUCUUUGGGAAGCAAAAGCUUCUGCUGAGGAUUUCAACCUAUUUCAGUUUAAUGAUGGGAAAUAUGAAUCUGCUGCACAGCUUCAUUCCCGAGCUCAACAGAUUUGUGCUGUUCUAUAUCCUGGAGAUGCUACAGAAGAUGGAAAACUUCUAAGGCUGAAGCAACAAUUUUUUCUCUGCAGUGCAUCACUUCAGGAUAUUAUCUUUAGGUUCAAAGAGAGGAAAGAUGGAAAGGGAUCGUGGAAAUGGUCUGAUUUCCCCAGCAAGGUUGCUGUACAAUUAAAUGAUACUCAUCCCACUCUUGCUAUUCCAGAGCUAAUGCGAUUGUUAAUGGACGAGGAAGGACUUGGGUGGGAUGAAGCGUGGGAUGUGACAUCAAGGACGGUUGCUUACACUAAUCACACGGUCCUUCCCGAAGCACUGGAAAAAUGGUCACAAGCUGUUAUGUGGAAGCUUCUUCCUCGUCAUAUGGAAAUCAUAGAAGAAAUUGACAAGAGGUUCAUUGCAAUGAUAAAUGCUACACGAAUUGAUCUUGAGAGUAAGAUUCCCAGCAUUCGAAUCUUAGACAAUAAUCCCCAAAAGCCUGUCGUGCGGAUGGCAAAUUUGUGUGUGGUCUCUGCUCAUACGGUCAAUGGUGUUGCCCAAUUGCACAGUGAUAUAUUAAAGGCUGAGUUAUUUGAAGAUUAUGUCUCUAUUUGGCCAACAAAGUUCCAAAACAAAACCAAUGGCAUUACUCCCCGCCGAUGGCUUCGGUUUUGCAGUCCUGAACUCAGUAACAUAAUCACUAAAUGGUUAAAAACUGAUGAAUGGGUCACUAACCUUGACCUGCUAGUCGGUCUUCGAAAAUUUGCAGAUGAUGAGAAAUUACAAGCUGAAUGGGCAUCAGCCAAGAUGGCUAAUAAACAGCGUCUCGCUCAGUACAUAGAACGUGUGACUGGUGUGAGUAUCGACCCAAAUACUAUGUUUGACAUACAAGUGAAGCGUAUCCAUGAAUACAAGAGGCAGCUGCUGAACAUUCUGGGUGCAAUAUAUAGAUAUAAGAAGUUGAAGGAGCUUAGCCCCGAAGAACGAAAGAAAACAACUCCACGCACCAUCAUGAUUGGAGGAAAGGCAUUUGCUACCUACACGAAUGCUAAAAGAAUUGUUAAGUUGGUGACUGAUGUAGGUGCAGUGGUCAACAAUGAUCCUGAAGUCAACAGCCUUUUAAAGGUUAUUUUUGUUCCAAAUUACAACGUGUCUGUUGCGGAAAUGCUCAUUCCAGGAAGUGAGCUAUCACAGCAUAUUAGCACUGCAGGCAUGGAGGCAAGUGGAACAAGUAACAUGAAAUUUGCACUCAAUGGUUGUCUCAUAAUUGGAACACUUGAUGGGGCAAACGUAGAAAUCAGGGAGGAAGUUGGAGAGGACAACUUCUUCUUGUUCGGUGCUACGGCUGACGAAGUUCCCAAACUGCGGAAGGAAAGAGAAAAUGGACUGUUUAAGCCUGAUCCCCGAUUUGAAGAGGCCAAGGAUUUUAUAAGGAGUGGAGUAUUUGGCAGCUAUGACUACAACCCACUUCUUGACUCCCUUGAGGGAAACUCCGGUUUCGGUCGUGGAGAUUAUUUCCUUGUUGGCUAUGAUUUCCCAAGCUACAUGGAUGCUCAAGAAAAAGUUGAUGAAGCAUACAAGGACAGGAAAAGAUGGCUGAAGAUGUCCAUACUAAGCACUGCAGGGAGUGGAAAGUUCAGCAGUGACCGAACAAUAGCACAAUACGCGAAGGAAAUCUGGAAUAUCCAGGAAUGUCGUGUACCAUAAAAAUCCAUCCGUACAAUUCCAAUGAAAGAGCAAGAAAUAAAAAGAAAAAGGAUUGAAAAAAGAAUGAAGAUUUAAAAUAAUUUGCUGUGAAGGGUGUCUUCCUAGACGGAAUAAAUAAUUGGCUUUUCAUAUGCUUUGUUCUUUGUUUUUAUUAUUUUUUGGCCAAUGAUAUGUAUUGUUUAAGUCUCUGUAUUUGCUUGUAUUAUUUUUCUCAUAAAAUUUACAGUGUUAGUCUAUGCUAUCGUAUCUUCUUAUUUUCAUAUUGAGAAAUUUAUAUUUUAUGUAGGUAUUUUCAUUUUAAUUAUAAAAUUUACUUGUAAUGGCACUAUUGGUGUUUAAAACCAAUUAAAUAAAGGUGUCGUGCUAUGAAGUUUUUGUCUAA